AAUGUGCAGGUGGUGUUAAUUGUGUCGACAGUUGAGUGUGUGCAGUUUUGUCGUGUCUUAAUCUCAGUGUGUGUGUGUAUUUGUGUGUGGGUGGGAUUGAGGAUGUGCAUACGAGGGGUUUUUGACUUGGUGGGAAAUGGAUAAAGAGUGAGCAUGUGCAUGUGUGUGUGUGUGUGUGUGCUGGGGGAGGGAGUGACUAUCGUGUGUGCCUGCCUCACUGAACCCCUCUGGCAGAGGGAGAGAGAGGGAGCAAACACACUCACUCUAGCUCUGUAUGAGAGAGAGACGGGUUGUGUGUGAGCUCAUGUGAGUGUAUGAACAGAGGAUGAUGAACCCUCUGGAAAAGGACGAAUGAUUUGUAAGAAUAGCUCAAAAAUGGAACCACGGCAAGAUGGCAAGAAAAGGACAUGAACCGUUGCUCUCCCUGCCUUGGAUUUUUAUAGAAAAAGAAAGCUUGGUAGAUUUAUAGUUUUGAAGAAUGAGGGAAAUAAUUUAACAUUGACAUCUUUUUGUCAACAAGUUUGAACAGAGGAGAGAACUAGAGACCUUCUGAGGAUCAGAAUUUGCCCUCUGGAGCUCAAUUCCUCGCUGGGUUUUACAAGCAGGGACAAGGGUUAAGGCAAUGCUGGACUUGGGGCAAAGGAAUGAAGAAACGAAGAUGGUGUUUGUGUUUUAUCUGAGCGGCUGAGACUCGGCCUCUCUACUUUUUUUAUUUUUACCUCAGCUGGAACCUCAGCUCUCUGCCCACUACUACAGAUCAGCAAGGUUACUUCCCAAGGGUGGCUGCGCUGACUAAACUCCAGCCAUGCUGUGUGGUCUGAGGAGAGACACUAAGAACAGCAUUGAUGAAGGACCGUACUCAAAGGGGAACAAGGAGUCCGGUGCAACUGACCAAUCACAUUCGUCCCACAGGCGGAGCUUCUCAGCAGAGGAGUACCGUGGAGUGACCACGGUGGACCUGAUGAAAAGGGAAGGCAGCAGCCUUGGCCUCACCAUCUCCGGAGGGUCUGAUAAGGACGGCAAGCCCAGAGUGUCAAACCUACGGCCAGGUGGGCUAGCUGCCAGGAGUGACCAGCUGAAUGUUGGAGACUACAUCAAGUCAGUGAACGGCAUCAACCUGUCAAAGCUCCGCCAUGAUGAGAUUAUCAGCCUGCUGAAGAACAUCGGGGAGCGAGUGGUGCUCGAGGUGGAGUACGAGCUGCCUCCGUUCGUCCAGAACCCCUCAGGAGUCAUAACCAAAACCAUUGAAGUGUGUUUACACAAGGAGGGAAACAGCUUUGGGUUUGUCAUGAGAGGAGGCUUUCAUGAGGACUGGCGCAGGUCGCGUCCUCUGGUGGUUACAUGCGUCAGGCCUGGAGGACCCGCUGACAGAGAGAGCACUUUGAAGGCCGGAGACAGAGUAUUGAGCAUAGACGGGAUGCCUUUAAACAGAGAGAAGCAUGCUGACGCUUUGACCAUGCUGAUGCAGAGUGGCCAGGAAGCCCUGUUCCUGAUUGAGUAUGACGUCUCUGUCAUGGAGGCAGUGCAGCAAGCCUCAGGCCCUCUGCUGGUGGAGAUAGUGAAAAGUCACUCUGCCAGCCUGGGGAUCAGCCUCACCACCACAAUAUACAGGAACAAACAAGUUAUUAUUAUUGACAAGAUAAAGCCAGCCAGCGUGGUGGAAAGGUGUGGAGCACUGCAUGUAGGUGACAUCCUUCUUUCUAUAGACGGGACCAGCACAGAGCACUGUUCUCUGAUGGAGGCCACGCAGCUGCUUGCCAGUACUUCUGAUGUUGUAAAACUGGAGAUUCUCCCAGCCAGUCAGAGCAGGCUACCUGUCAGACCUCAAGACACAGUAAAAGUGCAGAAGAGCAACCAUCAUCACUGGGACCAAAGCAGCAACUACUGCCAUCCCCCACAUGCCAGCCACGGCAAGACAUGGAGCAGCCCAAGCCACCCACACAACCAGCAGGACCACUGCAAAUCUCUGGUGAGUGGUGGCUUCUCCCCUUCCUCCACAGCCACCUCAGGCUUCAGCAGCCAGGGUAGCAACACGUUGCCCUGCCCCAUCCCUCCGAUCGCUCCCAACAGCCCCCGCAGCUCGACUGGCAAGAGGAGGAACAGGAAGAAGGACCACAAGAGCUCACUAUCUCUGGCGUCCAGUUCUGUCGGCCCAGGGGGGCAGGUUUUUCAUGUGGAAACAAGUGAAGUCAUCCUGAGGGGGGAUCCGCUCACAGGUUUUGGGAUCCAGCUGCAGGGGGGUGUCUUUGCCACAGAAACCCUGUCCGCUCCCCCAGUCAUCCGCUUUAUUGAGCCCGACAGCCCAGCUGAGAGGUGUGGGCUGCUGCAGGUUGGGGACAGACUGUUGUCCAUUAAUGGGAUCCCAACUGAAGAUGGCACUUUGGAGGAAGCCCAUCAGCUGCUCAGAGACUCCGCACUGGCCAAUAAGGUCACAGUGGAGAUUGAGUUUGAUGUUGCAGAGUCAGUGGUUCCCAGCAGUGGCACCUUCCACGUUAAACUACCCAAGAGGAGAGGAGUGGAGCUUGGCAUCACCAUCAGUGCAAGUAAGAAACCUGGCAAGCCCCUCAUCAUCUCUGACAUCAGGAAAGGAAGCAUAGCACACAGAACAGGCACUCUGGAGCCUGGAGACAGGCUUCUGGCCAUCGACAGUGUGCGUCUGGAGAACUGCACCAUGGAGGACGCCAUGCACGUCCUGCAGCAGGCCGAGGACAUGGUCAAACUCCGCAUCCAGAAAGAUGAGGACAACAUUGAUGAGUUGGAGAUGUCCGGCUCUAUAAUCUACACAGUUGAGCUGAAGAGAUAUAACGGACCACUCGGCAUCACAAUUUCUGGCACAGAGGAACCCUUUGACCCCAUCGUCAUUUCUGGCCUCACUAAGAAAGGCCUGGCAGAGAGGACCGGAGCCAUCCAUAUAGGAGACCGAGUCCUGGCCAUUAAUGGGGUCAGUCUGAAAGGAAAGCCACUGAGCGAAGCCAUCCAUCUCCUGCAGAUGGCCGGGGAGUCAGUCACCCUCAAGAUCAAAAAACAAGCAGACAAGUCUGAUGGUCGGCAGCUUCCGGACAGAGAAGCUGGCUUUCUAAGUGACACAGAGGAUGAACUGACAGACUUCCAGAAGACCAGUAAACACUCAGAGGUCUACUCUGCCACUGUACCCAGUAUAGACUCUGCAAUGAGCUCCUGGGAUAGCUCAGGGUUUGAUGCAGGCUACGGUAGCCAAGGGACUUAUCUUCACAAAGCAUCCGAUAUAUUGCUCAAUCCAAAUGAGUGGCGGCGUACGAAGCACAGGAGCCAAACCAGUUCCAGCUCUGCAGGCCUAGUCCACCACCCAGCGCUGUACGAUGGGAGAUUCACUGAGGAUGAGUGGGACAAGAUACCUGGAUUCAUCAGCCCUCCUCGUUGCCAUGGCACCCUGAACCAGGAAGACAGCUUCUGGUCCCAGGCUCUGCAGGACCUCGAGACCUGCGGCCAGUCAGAGAUUCUCAGGGAGCUGGAGGCAUCCAUGACAGGUAGCGCUCUUAGUCUGUACCUAGAGGAGAGCAAGACCAACGAAGACUCAAUGUUUCAGUCUGAAAUUAGUCCUAUUAAGAGGGAGGGAAUUCAUGGCGACCCCAAGAACAAAAGCAACCUGAACAUGCCAACUGGAGCCAGAGACGUACCAUCCCGGGGCAAAGGGGACCCCCCUGACAUUUUGUCCCCUACCACCCUGGCACUUCACAAGGUGACCAUAAGGAAGGACCUUGAGAGCUGUGACUUUGGUUUUAGUGUAUCCGAUGGGCUCCUGGAAAAAGGGGUUUAUGUCAACAUGAUCCGCCCUGAUGGCCCCGCUGACCAAGCAGGGUUAAAACCUUUUGACCGAAUUCUUCAGGUGAACCGUGUCAGGACCAGGGACUUGGACUGUUGUCUAACAGUGCCCCUAAUUAUAGAGGCAGGAGACUGCCUGGACUUGGUCAUUAGCAGGAAUCCACUGGCAGCAGCAGACACCCAACUGCCCGACGACUGUGACGACCCUUCCAACCCCCUUUUCUGCUUUCCAGAGCGCAGGACCAACAGCAUCGCCCUGUGACCACAAACACUAGCUUUUGAAAGCACCGUAGCGUCGGGACCCUCACACACAUCACGGACGGUUAAGUUUGUCACAUUGUACCUCUCAGACAGACCUUCACACUCAUGUUCAACACACCUAAAAGCAUCUCUCACUCACAAAGAUACAAGUGCAUGUGUUCACUAUUGCCAGUUUUAGUCACUGUGUUCACAUGAUUCAGAGGAGGCUCUGGCUUCAGGGCAACCCCCUCCCUCCCAACCACUUCCCUCUCGAGAGGCAAAGCCACAUGCAGGAUUAUAUAAGAGGGGGAGUCAUAGCUUCUGACUGAGCCAGAAUAUCAACACACACGCCUCAGCUCUGGAGAGAGUCAAAUGCUGGACACACUGCACGUUUUUACUAUCUUUUGCUUUAAUGAGCUUCAUGCUUCCAUUGUAAGAACAUUUACCCAGUUGUGUAUUUCUUUUUGUUGUACACAAAAUAUGCACAUGCAAUGCUUCACAUGCAUAUAAAACACACACACAUACACACAGGGUGUUAAUGGUCUCAAGGUUUAAAUCACGUUGUGCGUAUUUUAGUUAUUUCGGCCACAACUUGGCUCACUGCCCUCGUUUCCAGUCUCUCCUCCACGCUGCCUGGCCCAGAGAGGUGACAGUGCCUCCAAAUAGACAAAAUAUGCUCUCUGUUACUUGCCAAGUAUCAUUAACUACAUUUUAAAGCCCCUUAUAUCUUAAUACCAGGAGUGCUUGUAAAGACACUCUAACCUUUUAUGUUUUAAAGUGGGUGUCCCCGAUGGAUAAAUAGUUUCUGAAUGAUUUAAUUUUUUUGUUCCUGUUUCGAUGACUCAUCCACAUGUUUACAAAGAUAUUGUUUUCCGUUUCACAUUCUGUACAUGUUUCUUUCUAACACUGCGUUUGCACAUGAUGCACAUUUCUCUGACAUGAUCUCUACCCUUUCACUUUUUCACACCUCACUUUCACUAUGUGAAUCUGCGUCUCUGUGGCAUUGCACCAGAAUGACUUAUGGGUUGGUUUGUGGUCAAUCACUGAUGCUUCCUUAAGUGAAUCACUCAUCCUUUCCCCCAAACGGAGGAUGAAAUGCCUUUCAAUUUUCAGUGAUGAAUGAUUUUCUUGUUUUCACUUUCACAUGUGACUGGAUUCAUUUCAGUUUUAUUCCUCUCUGCAGUAGCUGUUUUUCCUACCAGUAUCUAUAAGCAUGUUAAGCAUGCAUAGGGUUUGUCCUCAGAAAGUAGCUCUUCCUUACACUAAAACAACAUCGGAGUAAUCUGUUUGCUCCAACAGAUUCUUUGUGAGGAUGCUCCCUUUUUUAUCAUGACAUUGUGUUUUUAUAAAGCUUUUGUGUAAGAAAAUUUGGCCUGCUCAUCCAGCUGCCUCUCUGGUAAUAAGAAACAUUGUUUCAUGUGUUGGCUGAAGUGAAGAUGUGAGAUAGUUGCACUGUCCCGUUUAGAGCAGCCUGAGACUGAUUAAUCCUUGGGAUGGUAACUUUUUUCAAUCUGAUUUCAGACUCAUGUCUUAUAUUAAAUGUCAUGUUGUAUACAGAGGCCUAUUUUUAAGGUUUUAUAUUAAUUUGCUGUAAUGUACCUUUUAUUUUACUGUAUAAUGUAUCAUGGUAUGCAGUGCUUUUUAUUUACAUUACAAGCACAUACAGUAUAGUAUCUUCACGUAAGCUGUGAUACUGAAUGUGGCUGUACAUUUUCUUUGGUUAAUUUCCACGUCCUCCCUGAAUACGUCAGGAAUCAUUUCAAAGGAACUUGAAAGAUUUAUUGGAUAUUAUUUUAUUUUUGUUAUUUAUUUAUUAUAAAUUAAGAAAUGUAUUACUUUUUAUGGGAAUAAAGUUAUGAAACCGUAA